UUAGUCCAGAAGAACGGAAGAAGAAAACCAGAACGCAGGCAGACAAAAGUUGUGGGAUUUCAGAACACUUCUGGGAAUGCGGAGAGAUGAAAUUGGCUUCGCUGAUUCUGUUUGAGUUGAUCGGAAUAUCCGGAACCUUUAUCAUUGGCGGCAGAAAUUGUCACCGGAAACACGUCGAAGACGGGUGAUCUAACUCCUUUCUCUUAUCUCCUUCCCAUUUCUCUUUAUUAACUUCAUUUAGAUUCACUCUGUACGAAUAAAUAAACACAAUAAUCUACUGAUCUCGAUUCGAUCGAGUUGGAAUCUGGCGGUGCAUAUGGCGAAUAAAGGCAGAGAUGGUGAACACUCGAGUUUACUCGACGGGAAGUACGAAUUCGGCCGUCUUUUAGGGCACGGGACCUUCGCUAAGGUUUACCAUGCCCGGAAUCUGCAAACGGGGAAGAGCGUUGCGAUGAAAGUUGUUGGGAAGGAGAAGAUCAUCAAAAUCGGCAUGAUGGAGCAGAUCAAGAGAGAAAUCUCUGUGAUGAAAAGGGUGAAGCAUCCGAAUAUUGUGGAGCUUCAUGAGGUGAUGGCGAGUAAAUCGAAGAUCUAUUUUGCGAUGGAGCUUGUUAGAGGCGGUGAACUGUUCUCCAAAAUCGUGAAAGGUCGGUUGCGAGAGGAUGUGGCUAGGGUUUACUUUCAGCAAUUGAUCUCUGCAAUCGAUUUCUGCCAUAGCCGUGGUGUUUACCACCGCGAUCUGAAACCGGAAAAUCUGCUACUCGAUCAGGACGGAAACCUUAAGGUCACCGAUUUUGGCCUCACCGCCUUCUCGGAGCAUUUGAAGCAAGACGGACUGUUGCACACGACAUGCGGAACUCCGGCGUACGUUGCGCCGGAGGUUAUGGGAAAGCAGGGAUACGACGGGGCUAAGGCCGAUCUCUGGUCCUGUGGAGUCAUCCUGUACGUUCUUCUUGCCGGAUACCUUCCAUUCCAGGACGACAAUAUGGUGGCGAUGUACCGGAAGAUUUACAGAGGCGAUUUCAGGUGUCCACCGUGGUUCUCUCCCGAAGCUCGCCGCCUUGUCACGAAGCUUCUAGAUCCGAAUCCGGUGACCAGAGUCGGUAUCGCGAAGAUCACAUCGUCGUUAUGGUUCAAGAAAUCGGUACCGAAGAGUGUGAUUACGAAGGAGCAUGAAGAAAUGGAGGAGAAUUUGGCGAAAUCGAAUCAACCGGCGGAAACGUUGAAUGCAUUCCACAUAAUAUCUCUAUCGGAAGGGUUUGAUUUGUCGCCGUUGUUCGAAGAGAAGAAGAGGGAGGAGAAAGAGGAGAUUAGAUUCUUGACUUCAUCUCCGGCGAGCAGUGUGAUAUCGAAGCUUGAGGAAGUGGCGAAGGCAGUGAAGUUCGAUGUGAGGAAGAGCGAGUCGUGGGUUCGAUUGCAGGGGCAAGAGAAGGGGAGAAAGGGGAAACUAGCGAUUGCGGUGGAUAUCUUUGCGAUGACGCCGUCGUUUGUGGUGGUGGAGGUGAAGAAGGACAACGGAGACACUUUAGAAUACAAUCAAUUCUGCAGGGAGGAGCUCCGGCCGGCAUUGAAGGACAUUGUUUGGACUUCUCCGACUGGGAGCUCGACCCCAGCUUGAAGAACGUCAUUUCAAAGUUUAAUUAGGCUUUAAGAUUUCUUUCAUCAUAUGUUCAUGAUCUCUUGUAAUUUGUUUCUUAAUUUCUUGUUUGAUGAUUAUGAUGAAUCCAUAAUCCUAAUGCCCAUUUGUUCAAACUUGGUAUUG